CCACAGGUGGUACGUGUUGGCGACAAGAUCUCCGCCAGCAUCACGCUGAGCACAGGGGCCCCCCAAGGCUGCGUGCUCAGUCCGCUACUCUUCACCCUCCUGACGCAUGACUGCAUUGCAACCCACAGCGACAACCACAUAGUGAAGUUUGCUGACGACACGACUCUGAUGGGUCUCAUCACCGAGGGAGACGACUCAGUACAGGCUGGAGGUUGACCUUCUGACCACGUGGUGCAGGGACAACAACCUCCUGCUGCACGUAGACAAGACCAAGGAGGUUGUUGACUUCUGGGUCACACCCAACACCUGCCGCUGACCAUCGACGGUGCUGUGGUGGAGAGAGUGAGGAGCGCCAGGUUCCUGGGGGUGCACAUCAGUGAGGAUUUCUCCUGGUCCACCAACACCGCAUUACUGGCGAAGAAGGCCCAGCGCCGCCUGUACUUCCUGCGGAAACUCAGGCGAGCGAGCGCUCCUCCGGCCGUCAUGACUACAUUUUACCGUGGCACCAUUGAGAGCAUCCUCUCCAGCUGUAUUGCUGUUUGGGGUGGCGGCUGCACUGACUACAACUUGAAGGCCCUGCAGCGCAUAGUGAACACGGCUGGAGCGAGACGAUGGGACAUGAGUCUCUGGACAAUUAAUUGAAUGCAAACGGGCUGAAGAUUGGUGCGAUCAUGCAGACAGUCAAGUGCGUGGUGGUGGGCGAUGGCGCCGUGGGGAAGACCUGCCUCCUCAUCUCCUACACCACUGGAGCCUUUCCCAAAGAGUACAUCCCCACCGUUUUUGACAACUACAGCAGCCAGGUGACAGUGGAUGGCAGGAUCAUCAGCCUAAACCUGUGGGACACGGCGGGCCAGGAGGAGUACGACCGCCUGAGGACGUUGUCUUACCCGCAGACCAACAUCUUCAUCAUUUGCUUCUCCAUCUCAAGCCCAGCCUCCUAUGAGAAUGUCAAACACAAAUGGCACCCCGAGGUGUCACACCACUGUCCUGGCGUGCCCGUCAUCCUGGUGGGCACCAAGAGCGACCUCCGAAACAACGCCGACACCCAGAGGAAGCUGAAGGAGCAGGAUCAGGCACCCGUCACUCAUCACCAGGGUGUCACGCUGGCUCGCCAGAUCCAAGCCGUGCGCUACCUGGAGUGCUCCGCCCUCAACCAGGACGGCAUCAAGGACGUGUUCGCUGAGGCCGUCAGGGCCUUCCUCAACCCAGAGCCUGCCGUCACCAAGAAGCUUUGUGCCCUGCUCUGAGAACAAAACAAAGAAAGAAAAAAACAGGGCUCAGUCGAGCUUGAGAGUUGAUUUGAUCUUUUAAAAAAUGUGAUAAUUUUUUUUUUUUUAAAGGGGGAUCUUACUCACCUCCAGUGAUGGGAGCACAACUGUCUAAAAGCAGCUUUUUGAUUCUAAGUUCCAGGUGGGGAGGUUGAAAAGAAGUUUACAACAGUAAAGCCCCCAUUGAAAAAAAUGGCGAGAGGAAAAAAAAAAAAAAAAAAAAGAAA